AUGGCAGAGUCCAGGAGAUCUGAGGCGGAUUCGGGCGCAGGUGGCUGGCGGGGCGUGAGUUGGCGCCCACACGUUCAGUCACACCCCAAUGUGUGGCAUUUGUUAUAGAGGUGCAUGCUAAAUUACGGCUGCCGUGCCCCUGCGUUUGUACAGUCCAUCUACCGCGUGGCCCGUUGUGGGGUUGAACUUGAAGGCGAGAAACUGGCAUAAAGUACAUGCAUUCGCGUACGUCUUAUUGACAGUUAAUGUUCUUCCCCUGAGAAGUUUUGCACCGGUAGGGUGGCGUCAGAUGGACAACACUUGGGCGCUCACUCAAAUGUGCAUCAGACGCGCCGUAUUCUGUCAAGUCGGACGUAUCUUACACAGGCGCCGCCAUUCUGGGGCAUGUGCCACACCUAUCAAGUCGCAUCGGUAUGAUGACAUCCAGCAAUUGCGACAAAUCGUCGUGUGAGAAACUCCCUUGCAUGAGCUUCCCUGAGGUUGCUGAUAGAAGCGAACAGGCGAGUCCCAGGUAGCAGUUCAGAAGAUGAAGAUGCGAUCACAGUGAUCGCAUCUUCAUCUUCUUCCCUGAGGUCCCCGCAAUCAUCCUAAAUCCUUCUUUUCCGCCCAGCAAUAAGUCACCGGAAAAGUCGGGUAAUCAGACAGAAUGCGAAAUUUUUUACAACAACUACAGUAGAUGUGCUAUCUCAUGAAACGUUGACCGAAAUUCUGAAAUGCGUUUUCAUUUCGAAAAUUUUACUUGGGGAAUGUUGUAAUAUUGAUUUUCCUGUGGAAUAAUACCAAGACAUCCCAGUCGGGACGCUGGCUCUCAGGCAAGUCCCGUGAAAAUGACUGCUUUAGUGGCAUGAAUUUUUCUCAUUGAUUUUCGUUGCCCCUAUAAAUUCAAAUGUAUUUCAUACAAAACGUGCACGAAAAUAUUCUUUAUUUAUCUGUCAGCAAAUAGCGGCUUCAAAUUUAUUACUUGAAGAAAGGGUAUCUUUCGGUUUUAAAAAGUUUCUAAUUAUGGGAUUUUUUAAGACUGAAAUGUCCAGUCGUACGGCGUCGCACUAGAACACUUAAUACUGCGGUUUAUAAAGUGGAAACGUGAUCAAAAUCCAUUACAAAAUUUUACUGACCCUAUAUGUCCUCUUCAUAACGGCAUGCAGAAAUGUGUGAUUUUGCUUGCACGUAAAGUAUACAGCUUGUAGUUCAGCAACCCUGAAUUCAAUUGUAAUGGCAGGUCGAGUUUAGAUGUAUUUGGGAAUCGCUCAAGUUUUUAAAACCGACAGAUACCCUCUCUUCAAGUAUGAAAUUCGAAGAACACGCACUUUGCUACCAAAUGAGCAAACAAAAGAAUAUUUCGGGCAUGUCGUAUAUAAAUUAUAUUAUGACAGAUGCGCGCUCACCGAUCAGGUUACAGAACAUGCUCGUUCUCAAGUGAUCCACACUUGGGGUUGGGUAUGACUGGCUGAUGGCGGCUAAUAAGCCAGAAAUGGUCAUUCCGGUCUCCCUUGUCUUUGUCGGCUCCAUCUCAUAAAUUAUAUUUGAAUUUUUAGGGGCAUCAAAAAUCAAAGGUAAAGAUGCUACCCACAUAGUCGCUUUUUGCGGAAUAUAGUUUAUGUAAGUGGUCGAUAAGAGGCUCAUUCGAAAGCGGGCAUCCCGAAGUAACAGGGAUAUUUAAGCAUGAUGUGACAUGAUGAUCAAUAUUAUAACCACACUAAGGUAAUCUUUUGUAAUUGAAAAUAUAUUUCAUAAUUUCGGUUGACAUUUCAUGACAAAACAUAUUUACUGCAAGUCGAUCUAGAACGGUACCGGGAUCAUGGGCUGCAUUCACAUAAAACAGUUUAUCAGAACGACUUACAAUUACAUUUACAUAGUAUUUUGUAAAAUUUAAGUUUGCUUGUCUGGAAAAAGGACGAAACCUUUAAUAGGGGCUUGUUGAUGGAAGUCUGUCCUGUAACCCACUUGCUACAGCUGUUUUGGUUUAACCAACUUACCUUGACUGAUAAAGUCAUCAUCCCACCCCGUCUUCUUCCACCCGGCUUCGUGCUUCAGAUCGAUUUCAACAAAACACCCCUUCAACAUUAAAACGUAUCCUCUAGUUGCUUCCAUGGCAGCCCUUUGGCAUGCAAAUUUCUCAUGCCUUCUAGCUUGUGCCUAGCGCUCACCAGUGCCUUUGACGACAAAAACCCGCAGACUUUAGAUUCAUUAUACCCCAAGCGCUCUCGGGUUUUCGAAGAACAUCGCGGGUCUCGCCUGGCAUCGAUUAUCCUGCAGAAGUUAUUCUGCUAAAUCAAAUUCGAGUUUUCAUCCGUCCUGUACGUAAUGUUGGCCUUUCUGACUACAUAAUGUAGUAUUUUUGACAAAUGAGUGGAACAAGCGUUCCCAGCAUGCAGAGAUCGUGUACAUUUGCCGUAUCAUGCACCGAAAUAAGGAUCACGUCCCCCCAGGUGACACUAACUUAGCUUCUGUACGUCACUUCACGUCACAAUGACGUCGCACUUUUGGUACGGUGGAAUUUUUUUCCAUCCGUUUAUUGACCACAUCACUCAUUCCUUCAGUCCUCUAUGUCUUGCGCUCUGCUUGUCGCCUGAUACCCACGCCAUAUGCGAAGCCGUGAGGGGUUUUUCAGAAAAAAAACCGGUUGAAACAGACUGCUUAGCCGAAAAUUUUUAUGGAGACACACCUACGGCCUUUAUUUUAGCAAAACGUUAUUGCAAUAGGUGAGCUAACUCAUAAAAUGUCAACCGAAGUUCCGAAAUGCUUUUCCGUUUCGCAAAGAUUACUUAAGCAGCGUCGUAAAAGUAAUCAUCCUGCAGUAUACUUCUAUAAUAAUUAAGUUGCCGGCUUUCUAACGAACUUCUUCCCGGCUGCAUGCAAUAUCCACACUAUAAAAAAUGACUAUUUAAGUAACAUGAAUUUUCUCAUUGCUUUUCGAUGCCAUUAAGAAUUCAAUUAUAUUUCAUGGAAAACAUGCAUAAAGAUAUUCAUUCUUCUGCGUAUGCGGUAGAAAAUUACGUCCUCCAAUUUUGCACUCGAAGGAAGGGUAUAAAGGUUGUUAAUUGUGAGAUUUUUUAAUACCGUGAAGUGGCCGUUCAUAAAACGUCAUGUCUCUGCAUUUAGCAGUGUGGUUUGUAAAGUUAACAAUAUGGUUCGAAUCCACUGCUAAAUUUUAUGGAACCCCUUUUGGUUUCCUCUUAAUACUGUAGAGAAAUUAUGAUUUUCCGCACGCGGUGAAAUAUACGGCAUGUAGUUUACAAACCCGGAAUCCAAGUGUAACGGCAGGUCGGGUUCAAAAUUAUUGGGAAAUUGAAAAGUCUUUCAAAACCGAAUCGUACCCUUCGUUCGAGUAUAAAAUUAAAAGACGUAAUUUUCCACCAAAGGAAUGAAAGAUGAAUAUUUUUAUGCAUGUUUUCCAUAAAAUAUAACUGAAUUUUUAAGGGCAUCGAUAAUCAGUGAGAAAAUGCAUGCUACUUAAGUAGUCAUUUCUACAGAGUACGACUUUGCAUUCAGCGGAAAGAAGUGCGCUCGAAAGCCGGCAUCCUGAGGUAACUGAAUUAUUAUAGAAUUAUGCCGCAGGAUGAUUAGUUUUACAACCCUACUUACUUAAUCCUUACGAAACGAAAACUCAUUUCGGAAUUUUGGUUGGCAUUUCAUGAGUUAGCCCACCUACUGUAUGUCAUGCGCAGCUGUCGCAACAGCUCUGGCCGCACGCGGAUUUGCCACAGCCCGACAACGGCAUUUCUUGAAGUCUUUGGCUUAGACCAGUGGACACCAUUCUAGGGAGAGGGGGUGCGGAAUUGCAGUUGACAUUUCAUGAGUUAAUUACGUUAGUAUGCAAGUAUGUAGGUAUUGAAAGCGCACUUCGGUAAACGGCAGUUCAGUAAAUUUUCUAUCGGAACGGGCCCGGCAUACUCUUGUUGACAGCCAGCCUUGCAACUGGAAGUUGGAUUCUGGCCCGGAAACGAAACCAGUUGCUUAGUGCUCAAUGAAGGCAAGUUUUUUACCAUCCAUGUUUCCUCGCAUCUCGUGAAUUUGAAAUUUUUGAUCAUCUGGCGCUCAACGAAUGCCACCUAUUUCAUUGUGUCCUUUUGUUGUAGUCUGCUUUCUGUCUAACACGCCCUGAACUGCUUGUCGCACUUAAAUUGUCUCCUCUUUUUGUGCGAGCCACGAUCAACCAUGAUUUUAUGGAAUGUAUUCCCCCCCCUAAAUUCCUCUUCAGGCCGCAAUAGCCGCAGGCCUUCGUGGAGAUCCCGCAGUUACUAUGGCGCAUAUCUGGGACGCACGCGACCGGCUGCUCAUGGGCCCCGCCAAACGUAGGCCUCUGGACGAGGAGGGCAACAAGGUUUCCGCCUUUCACGAAGCAGGCCAUGUCCUGGUGGCGUUUUACACCCCUGAGAGCACUCCUAUCCACAAGGUAGUUUCACCUCCCCACAUUCCUUUUUGCUUUGUUGAUUCCUUUGCCGUCAUAUAUUCACACCAGUUUUGGCGUCAUUCUGCACCCGAGACCGUCUGGUAAUGACGCAGGCUGCGUGACUAAACCCCUUGUGCCAGUUUUAUUCUUCGGACGAGGUGGUUUCUGUCUGGAGGGCAGUUCUAGCAGUUUUUAGGAAGUGCCCGCGCUUUUUACUUGACCAACUUCCCCUCCAUUUGGCUGUAUCAUGCGUUUUUUUUUAUCUGCACGCCCCUCAACAAUGUGUAUUUAUAACGGCCAGAGCCAGCGGCAUCCUUUAACCAGAACCAACCGAAAAUUCGAUAGAGUGGCAGACGUUUCCAGCCCCUGCAAGCUGAAAAGGUGUAUCGCCACCUUGCACUUACCUAUUCGUCUGUUAUCAUGCUCGUAGACAUUUGUAACGCCUGAAAGGACAUUAACCCAUCUGCCUCGGGCACCUACGCCGCACCUAGGAGUCAUGUGAUCACGGCUCCCGAACGCCAGAACUUGAGCACAUUCAGCCCUGUGAAUAGCCAAUCACUGGCGCCCACAAGCCCCAGUAAUGCUCAAUCAGCUGGCACUGGCUGCCAUGAUGCUUAUUCACUUCAGCCCACGGUACCCUAGCGCCCGGACGUGUCAACAGCCGGCCUCUUGUCCGGAGGCUCUGACAGCCACUAGGCUUCUGUACAGAAUGCAAUACUCCUACUGGUGUUUCCUCCCUUCUCCUCUACAGCGGGACUGGGUCAUAGUUAUCGUGCCAUGCUGCAUACAUUCUCACUGAUCAGAAGAAGAAGCGAUCGCUGGAACAAGGCUUUAUUCGCCUGACGUUUCGGAUUCUCACUUGAAUCCAUCAUCAGAGACAGUGGCAGAAAAGGGUGACUCGUGCACAGGAAGUUGCAGUAUUUAUAGGAUGCAGUCGCUAUGCUACCGCAUACCUAUAGCAAUUAACCGCGCUCCCCUUCAUCAAGGAUUGUUGCCCGCUGGUGCGCUAAUUGCUUGAUGGCCGGCAUGCAAGUUGUUAAUGGCUGAAAUCUCAUCACCCGUGUUGGAUGCUGGCGUGAUUGCACGGCCAUCUGGCUCACCGGCUUGCGCGCUCCCCGAGUGGUCAAUUAUCUUGGCCAGCCUAUGCCUCAGCACGGAAUAUGGAGCGGGGAUGUGGUUGCACUUGUUGAUAGACUGAGUUCCCCUUAACCAUGACUCAAGCAACUCGUUGCCCACGCGAUUGCUCCUCUAGCGAGAAUUUCGGCCUCAUUGAACUUGAAUGUGUGGCCAGGUCUCGCCGAAUGGGCCGCGACCUGAGAGUUGGCGUCAUUUCUCCGUACCGCUGCCGCGUCUUCGGCAAUUCGCGUUCGGAGCAGUCUUCCAGUUUCUCCGACGUAGUUGCUUUGUCCGCGACUGCACCAGAUCCGGUAAACGACUCCAGAUGUUUCUAGCCGUGGCAGUGGGUCUUUUGGUCUCAUCACCUGGACAUUCUCACUGCCGAGUUGCCACACAUUCGUCCAUGCUCUUGUAUUGGCUAAGACAGUGGACGCUAAAAUCGCCAGUCCAAAUCCAUGUGAGCAGAAGACGGUGGACACCAGUUAUACUGUACGGAACCCCAAAUUGCUGUCCAAGGCAGCAGUAGCCGUUGGCUCGUCCCCCGCCCAAGAAUGCCCAAGAGUGAGCAUGAAUCGAUAAUGACGACUACCCCUGUGGACUUAUCGGAGCAUGCUCAUGUGCCUCAUGUCCAGGGGGGGGGGCGGACUGUUACACUGCAUGAAGCGAGGACGGCUGUGGUUGUAUGGACGCGCAUGCUGCAGUUUACCGGACGGUAAGGUAAGCGUCUUUUGGGUGUGUUCGCACUGCAGGCAGAUGGCGCUGUAAUGACCAUACGCCACAGCCCGCGGUCAGAAACGCAACUAGAUGAAUUGCACUAAUCGAGGGCUGACGAUGCACGAUUUAUUGGCGCCAGUGCACAGGAAGUUUGGAUACGGCGCAUCCGUGGUCCAGUUGGAGAUUGCCUCCGGUGCAAAUAUGCAUGUGGGAGGGUGCGUGUGUUGAUGUGUUCCUGUCACCUCAUGUUGGUGAACUAUCACAUUUUUGGUACGAAAGGCGACAGCGUAUUUCCACAGAGUACACUGCGGUGCUGACUAGAGAUAGAAUAUAUUGCUGAGCCUGUAGAGCGUUAAUUACCGGUAUCAUCGUCGUUUCGACCAUAGCACGUUUUACCAAUUUCUCCUUGGAUUUAGAUCCAUGUCUCGGCCUCCACAUGCAUGACCGAGUCGUGCUAAUGGCAUGCAACUUGAUUUGCGACAAAAACACUUUGACCUCCGUGAACACAAAAGAGGGAGUUGAAGGGUCGCGAAGUUCAAGCCCGUCUGCUUCCUGUUUGUUCGGAUCCUAUCGCGGUGUCCAAAUUGUUGCGUAGCCUAAACACCGCAAAAACCAGACCUCUGCUUACCGAGUGCAGAGGUCUUCCAAGUGCCCUUAUGAGACGAAUAGCCGUGGAAUAAAGCGCUUUUCAGUCUUUGAACUGUGAUCACCGAGUUUUCACCCUUUGAAUUAACUCCUGCAUUUUUCUGCUCCCGACAGGUAACUAUCAUACCACGAGGCGAUUCAGGUGGCCACACCAGUUUUCUGCAAGAAAAGGACUCUUCUUAUUGGACUCGAGCCCAGCUGAUUGCACAAUUAGAUGUGCUGAUGGGUGGUCGAGUUGGCGAAGAACUAGCCUUUGGAGCGGAUCAUGUGACUACGGGCGCUGGUGACGACUUCAAGGUGAGAACCAUUAAGAAAUUGGAAGUUUAUUCUACACAAACACACGAUAGUUCGGCCGUUGUGAUCGAGGCUGUCCACCGUGGCCUGCACAGCAGGGCGAGAGCAGGGGCGGGGACUUGCGCGUGAAUAGUAGACUUGCUCAGCAUCUACUUCACUCGCCCGUCCCCCACCUGGACCCGGUAUUCUGACGGAGUCAAUAAGUCUAGAGGCGAGGCGGGCCGCAGCUGGCUGGCACGGCGAAUACCUGCACCUAGGCGUACCACUCCACACCUUCUGGUCCACAGCAUACACUAACCAGGAUUUUACACAAAAGUCGGAUGCCAAUUGGCUCCGUGCAGGCCGGCAACGAGGCCCGCUGCCACAGCCUAAUUGUUGGCGUCUGCUAUGGGUUGAGAUUAUGAAAAUGGUUAGGAUUAUGAUCAAGUUUAUGGUUGGGUCCAAGGCAUGGUUAGGUUAAACUGUAGGUUUGAGCUUAUGGUUGCUGUCAGUUUGCCGGAUAACGUCUUCCUAGUCCGAGCUACUUUAUAUUGCCCUUUUACAUGCCACCUAAAUCUCAUCUUUGGAAUUGCGUGUUCUGUCCAAAUACCACGUUGGAGUAUGGCUGAGAUACCAGUUUUAUCAGCACCCUCCGCAGCUUCCGUUACUUGUCGCGUCCAUCUGCCCUAGUGAUAAAGCGAACAUCAACAUCCUUCUCGCAUUACGGGAGUCCCUGUACUCUAUUUUCUCAGUAGACCUACAUAUCCAAUCCUUGCCCAGUUUGGCAGUUACCGGUUGGAUUUCAGUCUAACAACCACGAAUGGCCUUGAGACUUGGGUCCACUGAUCGCCGCGAGUUGCAAUUCUAAUUCUCGGUGCAAAGGUCAUGACAGUUCGCCAGUUGCAAAUGAUGCAAAAUACCACUGUCUGGAGGGGGUUGCAAGAGGCAAGGCGUGCGCGCCUCAUCGGCCUCGAUUAAUUCUCACGUCCAUUUUGCCUCAAAAGCAAGAUAAGGCUGGGAGUACAGCAGAUGGGUGCGAGGUCAGUGAUCGAUGUGGCCGAAUCCACACACUUCCUGCCCCCUUCAGGCGUACAAGCGAAACCGCAGUAGAGUUAGAUUUCAUGUAACUGGGAUAGAACAUCACAGUAAGACCGCCUGUCAACCAAAUUAAGUCUAUAAGUUUCGAUGCGAACGCGCUACCUCGGGACAAACCAGCGUUUAACACGAAACCCCUGAUUGGCUCGUCAUAUAAUAAAAUGUCCUGAAUAACGUGAAUAGCCACCACAUCCAUCGAAAUAUCUCUUAGUGUUGUCUCGACUGUCGCGAGUUUUGAGAUCAAUAUAGUCCUCAACGGGCUGACAGCAGGAUACAUACUUGGCCUCUACCGGCAGGCUGGCGUUCCUUCAAUGACUCAAUAAUAAACAUGGUGUUGACUGCUGUUCUCUUUUGUCCGGCAGAAAGCAACUGUGAUGGCGGAGAGCAUGGUCAGCCGUUUCGGCCUCUCACAGAAGCUGGGCCCACGUGUACUCUCCGGUUCUAUGCAGGACACCCAAUUGAGCCAGUCCACCAGAGACCUGAUUGACAAGGAGAUCACCCAACUGCUCAAUGAGUCCCUUGAACGCGCCCGCGGUAUACUCUCCGCCCACCGCAAAGAACACAACGCGCUGGCCGAGGCACUGCUCUACUACGAGACACUCACCAGCGAACAGGUGCGACAGAUCAUUGAGGGCAAAUUGGUGCCCCCACCGGGUCCGCGUCCGGCUACUCCCCCUGUCUUCCCGAUGGGCUCGAAGCCCGCGAACCCGCGGGAGUCGUCGCCGGUCAAACCGUCACUAUCGAAGGUCGACUUGUAG